AUGCCCAGUCACAGCGAACGCGCAUCAGCAGGAGGUUCUAACUCUAACGGAUCGGCUCCACCUCUAAAAAUGAAGAGUGCUACGGAUUCCGAGAAAAUCUUAGAUUAUUGGACGAAUCCGGAAGGGAAAAAAUCUACAGAGGAAAAAAAGGACUCGGAUGAUCUUCAUACAGCAAUUGAUGAUGAAAAAGUUGAAAACAAAGUUGUUCUUUCUAUUGUAGAAGAGCCUCCUCUUCUGGCGAAUUUCGAAGAUGAACGACAGAAAAAAGGGAAAAUAGAAGGGGCAAAAAAAGCUGUUGCGCUCCCUCUAGAUCUCACACCAAAAGCCGGCGCACAUUCAGGAGAAAACGCAUCGUUAAGAUCUCCAGAAUGCUUGAAUCGUCAAGCACAACCUAUAGCAGCAAGA